ACGGAGUGAAAAAAUGUCAUCAAAUAUUAAAAAAAAAUCAUCAUCAAUGGAUCCAACAAUUGAAAGAAUAAAUAUAAAUCAUCCAAUACCAAUUUUAGGUGAUGAAUUUACAAAUAAUAUACCAGAAUGUGAUGCAUUUAUUGGAAUAAUUAAUGACAAAAAAAAUACAUCAAUUGCAAUAAAAAAAAUAACAAAUAUACUACCAGGAUUUGGACAUUUAAAACGUUGCUCUGAAGGACGUUUAUUACUUGCAUUUGUUAAAAAUAAUAAACACAAUAAUAUCGAGCAAUCAUUUGAUUCAAUUGAAAAAUUAAAAAGUUUUCUAAUUGAUGAAAAUUUUAAUUUAAAUAUUUUCAAUGAUAAUAUUAAAAUAAUAUCUGUUCCUGCAUUAUCACCAAAAACAAAAUUACAAGCACAAAUAUCAUCAAAAAUUUGGCCAAUUAAUUUUCAUCCUGAUCCUUGUAUUGAAUCAAUAAUGAGUAAUAAAUUUUUCAAUGAUAAUCAACUUGAAAUAAUUAAUAAAUGUAUGAAAAUUUGUUCUGAUAUUGUUGAUGUAACAUCAGUUAAAAAUUUACAAUGUCAUGGUAGUGCUGUUAUUGUUGAUCCAAAUGAUGAUUCAAUGAAAUUACUUGCUGUUACAACAUCACAAACAGACAAACAUCCAAUGUGGCAUGCUGCUAUGUUGGCAAUUGAUUUAGUUGCUAAAAUUCAAGGAGGUGGUGCAUGGAAACUUCAUGAAGAAUCAUCACCUUUAGAUUCAACAUCAAGAAAAAGAAAAUUACAAUUUAAACUUCCAUUGUGUUAUCCAGGAUGUCUCAAAGAUCGACUUAAUUUAACAGAUAGUUUGAAUUUUUAUUGCCCAAAAGAUGAUACUAAUGAUGAUCCAAAAGAUGUAGCAUAUUUAUGUACAAAUUAUUGGAUAUUUUUACAAAAUGAACCAUGUCCACUUUGUGCAAUGGCUCUACUACAUUCACGAGUAUCAAUGAUAUUUUAUAACAACACAAAUGAGACACUUGGUGUUUUACAAACAAAAGCAUAUUUACAUACAUUGCCUGGUUUAAAUCAUCGUUAUCGUGUAUGGAAAAAUUUUAUCAACGCUUAAAAUCCAUUGAAUAUAAUUUUACUUAAACAAGAUUUUAUAUAGACAAUUUUUAUUACACUCAAAUUAUCAAGUAAAUGAUAUUCAAACGUUUGUAAUUCAUCAUUGGUAUACAUCGUCAAUGUCAUCUAAAAUAACUGUUGAUUAAUUUUAAUGUCGAGUACUUUAAAACGUGUCUUUUCAAUUGUAAAUCAUUUUUAUUUAUUUAAAUCAAAAUUCAAAAAUACAUGCUCAUUGUUGAUCAAGCAACAGGAAACAUUAUUUAAUUCUAAUACAUUUUUUAAUGUUUGUUGAAUAAAUAAAUAAAAAAAAAAACCAUAAACUCGUAUAAAUAGUUUAAAAAAGAACCCUCACCCUGUUCCCUUCGACAAACAACUUCCUGCUUUAAUUUUUUUUUUUAAAAGCCAAUUAACAUUAUAGACAUGACAUUGCAGCUUGGCAUAUAUCAGUUGCAUAUACGCGAAUUUUUUUUAUAUUUGAAUUUUUAUUGAUAGAAAAAAAAAAAAUAAAAAAUUAAUAACGAAUGGCGUAUGUAGUCGACCUAAACGAUUGACAUCAAUUGUCUCAGUAACA